AUGAUUAAGGUGUCUGCAAAAGUGAAUAACCCUAUUCCUGCUAACCUAAAGUCUGAGGCCAAGAAGGCCGUCAAGAUCCUCAGAGAGUUCACAGAAAUAUCCAAUAGAAUGGGACCUGACAAACUUAUUCCAGCCCAUGUCAUUGCCAAGGCUCAGGGACUGGCCAUCCUGUCAGUCUUCAAAGCGGGUUUCAUGAUCACUGCGAGGGGCGGCAGUGGGAUAGUGAUCGCAAGGCUCACUGAUGGAAGAUGGUCUGCUCCUUCAGUCAUUGGCAUUGCUGGACUCGAUGGAGGAUUUGAAAUUGGUCUGGAGGGAUCAGAUUUUGUCAUCAUCCUGAAUCAGAGGAGAGCUUUAGAUGCUUUUAGUAAAGGGGACAAUCUUACACUUGGAGGAAACUUCUCUGUGGCUGUUGGGCCUCUUGGCAGAUGAGUUCAGCACCAGCUAGACCACCACGGCCUCCCACACAGAGAGCUGCCUCCUCCUACACACCCAAGG